GAUGUGGCAGUCUGCUUCCAUAAAGAUUUACAGCCUUGGAAACCCUAUGGGGCAGUUCUGUUCUGUCCUGGGUCACUAUGAGUUGGAAUUGACUCGACAACAGCGGGUUUGGUUUUGGAUUUCCUUGUAUUUUAAAAGUAGGCGUCUCAGGGAUGACAUUUAAGUAUAAUAUAAAAAUAGUGCUUAGGCAAGGUAAGGAAGUUUCCCUGGUACUCAGAAACCCAUGGGACUAACCAUUCCAGGCUUAGGGGUGAGGCUUCAUGUGGGCAGACACAGUGCUGUGUGCACUCUCGCAGUCGUCAGAACCAUGCAUGGCGCACUCUUUCCUGUGAGGUUUCAAAAGGCUUUCUAUUAGGCUUUAAAGAGAGAUCAGUAGGAAAAAUUAUUUUUAUGCCAACAAAGUGGCAGUGGGGGGUAAUAUUAAGUUUACGAGUUUUAUUUUGAGGAUAUUGUUGCUGGAAAUAAAUAUAAAUAAAUAGCCCUUUGCUUAUUAAGUAAAGAACAUAAAUAAUUAAAGCUUGAAAUUUAUGUAUUAGUAUGAAAUAUCUAGAUACUCCAAACAUUAAUAAGGGCUUUUAGACAGAGUUAACCAGAAUAUUGAGAGGUUAAAAAAAAUUAGAUACUCGCUUUGAGAUUCAGAUGGGGGAAAUGUGAGGUAGGUCAAAUCCAGUCUGACUUAAACUAUGACUUUAGGCAAAGAAGUAGGUCCACUUGUGUUCUGUCUCCUAGAAAUUGUUUUUCAUUUACGUGUACAUUCUCAAGAUUUGGCAAAUGAAGUAUUUUGAAUAGGGACAAAAAGACCAAAUAAAUGCAAAAAACAAACAAAAGCUAUAAGGUUAAAAUACAAAACCAUGUGUCAUCUAUGACUAAUACCUUGAGUUUUGCAUGUAUUGUUUGGACAGAAAGCCAGGAGAUCUCAGUAUGAAUCAGUCUAGAUCUAGAUCAGAUGAUGGUGGCGAAGAAGCCUCAUUUCAAGACCAUAAUCAUCACGAAAAUGAGAGAAGGUGGCAACAAGAGCGUCUUCACAGAGAAGAAGCCUAUUAUCAGUUUAUUAAUGAACUCAGUGAUGAAGAUUACCGGUUAAUGAGAGACCAUAAUCUUCUAGGCACCCCUGGAGAAAUAACAUCAGAAGAACUACAACAGCGGUUAGAUGGAGUCAAGGAACAAAUAGCAUCUCAGCCUGACUUGAGAAACAGGGAAAAUGGGACAAAUACUAGAGACUCAGAAGUCCCUAGAGAAAGUUCAAAUGAAGAUUCUCUGUUAGAAUGGUUGAACACCUUUCGCCGUACAGGAAAUGCAACUCGAAGUGGACAAAAUGGGAACCAGACAUGGAGAGCUGUGAGUCGAACAAACCCAAACAGUGGAGAGUUUCGGUUUAGUCUGGAAAUCCACGUAAAUCAUGAGAAUAGGGAAUUUGAAAUUCAUGGAGAAGAUUAUGCGAGCAUUCCACUUACAGAUAUUAGCAGAGAUCAUACUAGAAACAGGCAUCAAAGAUCAAAUAGUCCUGUGGCUAGGCGAACAAGAAGCCAAACCUCAGUGAAUUUCAGUGGUAAUAGUUCAAACACGCCAAGGACUAGGCUUGGUUCAAGGGGGCAGAAUUCAAUAGAAGUUUCUUACUCAACAUUGGGAAGAUUAAGAAAUGGAGUUAGAGGAUCAGUUGGCGUUCCUAGGACUCGUACUCCUCGUGCUAAUUCCAGUGAUCACACAGACCAAGCAGGGGAUGGUGAACUCAGGCAAAGGGAGGGGCAGCGAUUUGGAGCAGCACAUGUUUGGGAAAACGGGGCUAGAACUAAUGUUACGGUGAGGAAUACAAACCAAAGAUUAGAGCCAAUAAGGUUACGGUCUUCCUUCAGUAGUCGAAGCCGUUCACCAAUUCAGAGACAGAGUGGCACUGCUGAUCAUAAUUCACAAAGGGAGAGUAGGCCUUCACAGCGUACCAUUAGAAGGUCUGCCAGGAGGAGAGGUAUAACUCAUGGCUUCUUACAGCAUGACAGAGAAUCCAGAGGUACCACAUAUACCCCAUUCUCUAAUUCAAGACUUGUGUCAAGAAUAACCGUAGAAGAAGGAGAAGAAUCCAGCAGGUCCUCUACUGCUGUACGACGGCAUCCAACUAUCACGCUGGACCUUCAAGUGAGAAGGAUUCGUCCUGGAGAAAAUAGAGAUCGGGAUAGUAUUGCAAAUCGAACUCGAUCUAGGGUAGGACUAGCAGAAAAUACAGUUACUCUUGAAAGCAAUAGUGGGGGCUUUCGCCGAACUAUUUCUCGUUUAGAGCGGUCAGGUAUUCGAACCUAUGUUAGUACCAUAACAGUUCCUCUUCGUAGGAUUUCUGAGAAUGAGCUUGUUGAGCCAUCAUCAGUGGCUCUUCGGUCAAUUUUAAGGCAGAUCAUGACUGGAUUUGGAGAAUUGAGUUCUCUAAUGGAGGCUGAAUCUGAGUCAGAGAUUGAGAGAAGCGGUCAGCAUUUACCAGAGAUGCACUCAGAUUUGGGUGACUUAGGUACAGUUAAUGAUAGCAGCCCGCACAACGAAGGUUCCUCUGAAGACUGGCAGGCCCAGGAAGACAGCACUGGAAUGCGUGGUGAAAACGACACCAUGCAGCCUCAUGCCCAAAACAGUGACAGUAGAGGUGACAGGCAGUUGAGAAAUGCCAACAAUUUAGUUGAAACUGGAACACUACCUAUUCUUCGCCUUGCUCACUUCUUUUUACUAAAUGAAGGUGAUGAUGAUAACCGCAGUCGGGGUUUAACCAAAGAGCAGAUUGACAAUCUUUCUACCCGGAACUAUGAGCAUAGCAGUAUUGAUAGUGAACUAAGUAAAAUCUGUAGUGUGUGUAUCAGUGACUACGUAACUGGAAACAAGCUCAGGCAGUUACCUUGCAUGCAUGAAUUCCACAUCCACUGUAUUGACCGCUGGCUGUCAGAGAACUGCACUUGUCCCAUCUGUCGGCAGCCUGUGUUAGGGUCCAGUAUAGCAAACAGUGGAUGACGUAAUGGCUUCUGUUCAAAUAUUGCAUUCAGUAGCGCUGACUAUUCAAGCAUUCUCUUGUUGACUUAUUUGUGAUGAGUGAACCAGGAUGAAAAUUAACAGAUUAUAGUUUGAACUAUUUUUUGUGUGCUUUUUUAACUUGUUAAAAAGAGGAAGUUUAUAUAAAUUUAAGAUGCAAACAUUAAAUUAUCUAAAAGUACAGAAAAGUUAAUAUUGCUAGAACCAAAUAACCUUGAAAAUGUUUUUUAUUUUGGUAAUUUUGUCAUGCUAAGCACUUUUAUAUCUGCAAAAUUCAGUGAGUUGAAAAUCAGUCUUCUUCUUAAUAGUACAGGCAGACUUCACUUGCACUUUAAAGUUUCAUGGGCUUAGUUCUAUGUCCAGACAUUGAUGUCCAAAUAAACCUUUGAUUAACUUUUUACUAUAAGGACAGUGUCUUUUCAUGAAAGAGUGUCUGUCUGGAUGUUUGCAAAAUGUAUUUAAGUUACUUGAAAUGUUAAAUUUAAUAUGCAGCAUACCAUAUGUGUGUAUAGAGAUACAUAAUUUUUAGGUUAAAAUAUCCAAUCUGAAACUACCAGUUUGGUUCUUAUUUAAGUUUUUUGGCUAUUUCUGCAUAAGACACAAUGUUAAUAUUGACAAGAUCAUCUCUGGGAGGAAGUAGAUUAAGAUGUCAUUUAAAAACAGAUAAUUUACUGAAGCGUCUCUGACUAUCUGACCUACUAGACAGCAAGCAGUAUAUAAUAUUGAAUGAGUAUUUCUUUAUUCAGAAAUGGAAAAUGGAAAUUUUAGAACAUACGUAGGCUAUUUAACUUGAGUUCAGCCUUUUUGGUGACUUUUUUGAAAGUUCAAACAAUUCCUUGGGUUAUUAAGUAAGGUACAUAAUAUGCAUGGUAUCUUGAAUUUAGUUUUAAAAUCUAAAAAAAUGUCUAAGAAGAAUCUAAUGCAUAGAUAAUAUGUUAAGUUCACUUGGAGACCAAAAAAAAAAAAAA